AUGCCUCCCAAAAAGAACAUCGCGUCCAAGGCCGCCAAAUCUUCGACGGAGACGGUCGAGAAAAAAACCACUCGCGUCCGCGCCAGCACUAGAAAGGCCACCUCGACUGAAACCACUCAGAAAACAACAGCUCCCAAGUCUGCAAAGACCGCUGUGAAGACCGCUGUGAAGACCGCUGUGAAGACCGCUGCGAAGCCCACUGCGAAGCCUGCCGCGAAGCCUGCCGCGAAGCCUGCCGCGAAGCCUGCCGCGAAGCCUGCCGCGAAGCCUGCCGCGAAGACCUCUGCGAAGACCUCUGCGAAGCCAGCUCAAAAACCAGCUGCUAAGCCAGUUGCUAAGCCACGCAAAAUGGCAACCUCCACACCGAAAACCACCACUACUGCAAAGAAGCGCAAAGCUGACGAGGAUGAGGAGAAGCCUCGCGAAAUCAAACGUUCUCGUGUCGCACAACCCCGGCAGUUGAAGGCCAAAGUCAAAGCUGUCAUCAACGAGGCUCCCAAGGCUAAAUUGAAUGUAUUUGUCUGUGGUGAGGGCAGCUCUGGCGAGCUAGGUUUGGGCACAGCCAAGAAUGUCAUCGAUGUGAAGCGCCCACGUUUGAACAAGCUACUGUCUAUCGAAGAAGUUGGAGUCGUGCAUGUUGCUGUCGGUGGUAUGCACUGCGUUGCUCUGACGCAUGACAACAAGGUCUUCACAUGGGGUGUGAACGACCAGGGUGCGCUCGGAAGAGAAACCACCUGGAACGGCGGAUAUAAAGACAUUGAAAACAACAGCGAUUCCGAUUCCGAAGAUGAAGAUAGCGGGCUGAACCCGCGUGAGUCUACUCCCACAGCCAUUCCCGUCACCGCUUUCCCCAAAGGCACUGUCUUCGUUGCAGUUGCUGCCGCUGAUAGCGCAAGCUUCGCCUUGACCGACGAUGGCCUGGUAUAUGGAUGGGGAACUUUCCGAAGUAACGAUGGAAUCCUCGGAUUCGACGCGACUUCUCACGUCCAAACCACCCCACGUCUGAUCCCGUCUUUGAAGAAAAUCAAGCAGCUGACUUGCGGAGCCAAUCAUGUUCUCGCCCUGAACGAUGAAGGUCGCGUUUAUUCAUGGGGCUCAGGACAACAGAAUCAACUAGGCCGUCGGAUUGUGGAGCGCAAUAGGUUGAAUGGCCUUCAACCUCGUGAAUUCGGGCUCCCCAAGGAUAUCGUUCAUAUUGGCAGUGGCUCUUACCACUCAUUUGCCGUCCACACGAGUGGCAAGGUUUAUGCCUGGGGAUUAAACAGCUUCGGUGCAACGGCCAUCCGCGAGGGCGCGGGCGAUGACGAAGCCGCCAUUGCGCACCCUACCCUUGUCGACUCACUCAGCGGAAAAAAUAUUUCCCAAAUUUGUGGUGGUGCUCAUCACUCGGUUGCUAUUGCCAACGAUGGUGAAUGCUUGGUAUGGGGCCGCCUUGACGGUUUCCAAAGCGGCUUGAAGAUCGACACACUUUCUGACGAUGCUGUCAUCAAAGAUGAGCGUAAUCGCCCCCGUAUCCUGAUCGCACCCACCCCGGUUCCUGGCAUCAAGGCCAAGGUUGUUGCAGCGGCCUCGGAUCAUUCCCUUGCGAUUGAUGCUGAUGGCCGUGCGUGGUCAUGGGGAUUCUCUGCCACAUAUCAAACUGGACAAGGCACACAAGAUGACAUUGAGGUUGCCACCGUCAUUGAUAACACUGCUACCCGUGGAAAGAAAUUGAACUGGGCCGGUGCUGGUGGUCAGUUUUCUGUAUUCACGGAGCCUGCCAGCGUGUGA